GCCCAUCCCUAAACACCACGUCAAGUAUAUAAUUUUGUAUACAAUCUUAAAAAUUUUGUUUCGGUUCCAGAUUGGAAAUAUUUCAGGAAAUCGACAAGGUCUUGCACGCUGAUUGGGCUGCAUUAUGGCGUACGUGGAUCAAAGUGGACGCCUCUGGGAGAAGCGUCCUUGGGACAUGAAUCGUGUUUUGGCCCUAUUCGUGGGCAUCUGGUUCGCCAUCAAGCAGUUAUUCGUAUCGUUCCUGGCUCCAUUCAGCGGUAACGACAACAACGGUGAUAACUCCCGUCGCGGAAAUGGAUGGGGAAGUAGCAGCUGGGGCGGAGGAGGCGGUGGAGGAGGUGGUGGUGGUGGCGGAGGUGGCGGUGGAGGAGGCGGUGGUUAUGGCGGAGGAGGACUACGACCAAACCGACGAAUUGGGCGCAUACCACCGCCCUCCCAAUCCUGCAGUGCCGGAGGAUGCUGCGGUUAGACAAUUAUUCAAAGCAUUUUGGCCCUAAGAACUGCAAAACCAAAAUACUACACUACUUUACUUUGGAACACCCAUCUCACCGCCGUGAUGCAGCAACUAAAGUUUAUAACUUUCUGUUUCAAAUAUAUAUUAUAACUCGGUUUUAGACAUAAGGUGGGGGAUUCACGAAGCAAGACUCGAAACGGCAUAAUAUUGUCCAAUAAACUUCCUAGUUUCUCAACUCACAA